GGAUCUCUUUCCUAAGUGCCCGCACCUCCUUUUCGAAAAGAGGAAUCGAAACACAGAACAAGCGUUUGAAAAGAGAAAGAAAGAAAGCAAAGAACUAAAAAAAGGAAGAGCACAAACAAUUAAAAAACAGCACGGAACCUCAGACGUCUCCUGCAUCAUCCUGCGCCUGCUUGCUGAUCCCCGCACACUCUUGCAGGUAACUGGCGGACCCGCGGGCCCUUACCCCAUUACUUGCUAUCGUACUUCAUUUUAUCCAGCUUCCACUCCUUCCCUCCGCCUCCCAUGGAACAAGCGCAACCGCGGACACGUCGACGGCGUCCGGUAGAUAAGUAUGGUCCCAGAUUCUUCGACAAGACAGAGCACGUGCAAGACAGAGCGGCUGCCAUGAAGGCCACUUUGCACGGGGACGAACGCUCGCAAUCGCAACCUGCUGGGGGCUUUGAUAGUACCCCGUAUCCUUAUGCUCCGCCAGGGUAUACCGUCAAAUUCACUUUUCAUCGUGGCGUCAACCUUCCUUGCGCGGAUUUUGGUACCUUCUCUUCGGAUCCUUAUGUUCAUGCUCAAUUAAUCGUCGACCUUCCGCAACGCCACAAGCAGGAUCCCGUUAUCUCGUUCCGCACACCUACGGUGCGAAAGAACCGAGAUCCAGUCUGGGAGAAGAGUUGGAUUGUGGCCAAUGUUCCGGCAUCGGGCUUCCAGUUAAAAUGUAAUGUUUACGAUGAGGAUGCGACUGACCAUGAUGAUAAACUGGGAAACGCCUACGUUGAAGUAGACUCAAUCGAUGAAAAUUGGCCUUCGAUUAAGGAACAAUCUUAUCGUGUCAAGAAGCGACUGGGGAGCAAACGAGUAUACUUGUUCGGCAACAUUGCUGCCUUGGCUUCACGACGCCUCGACGUGGCUUCACACUUGGUGAUCAGCAUCCAUUGCCUAGGCAAGACGCCCGGUGAUGAAGGAGCGCAUAUGUACACCAUUGGACCAAAUUACUGGUUCAAGCAUUUCUCUCCCCUUAUUGGCAGGCUAGCAGGCACCAAGGACGAGGUCCAGAGCCAGAAUGGUCAAAAGACAAUCAGUCGAUACAACUUUCAAGCAAUUCAAAUACAACUCAAAGGCCCUGUGCCCGCCGAGCUUUAUCAUCGCUAUGUCGAAUUCAAACCAUUUGUGGCCGGAAUGUUCACGUCCCACAGUCUUCGUGGCAGGAUUCUCAACCGAGCGCUCCAUCAUCAACAUGAGCGCAUCUACAACUUCGACAAAACAACUCUUACCGGUCAAUUCGCAUCGCCAUGUGUUGAACUUACUCAAAAGUUUUUGGAGUUUGUUCACUAUGCACAGGGUGGGAGAAUUUUCACCUAUGUUAUUACACUUGACGGACAAUUUCGCUUCACGGAGACUGGAAAGGAAUUCGGCAUCGAUCUCUUAAGCAAACACACCAUGCACAGCAAUGUAUCAAUCUAUGUCGCGUACUCUGGGGAAUUCUUUCUUCGACGACGAAAGCAUCGCCAUCAUCGACAACCUGACACCCCGCAUCCUUCAGAAACCUGCAACUACUCCGCGGACGAGUCACAAAAUCACUUGGAAAUAUCGGUCGAUCCUGCUGACUACGAGCUUUUCAUCGAUAACGAUAGCGGCACCUAUCGUCCCAAUGCAGAGUAUCUUCCUCUUCUCAAACAGUUCAUUUCAUCCAACUUGGUAGGCCUUCAUAUAACCACACUUGAUUGCAAAAAGGAUGCUGCGCAAAUGGAAGCAUUGAAGAAUGAGCAGCGAGAUUUCAAGAAGCAUGAGGGAAAUCAAAUGAUUUUCCUUCAGCGAAGUAACAGCUCAUCACUCUCUCUUUCCAGCUCAGACGAAGAGGACCUUAAUGAACGCAGCGACGCGCAAGUGCCACGCAGAGCAAGGGGGGACCUGGCACAAAAGGUCCACGAGAUGCGCGAUGUCAAAGGCCACUUGAUGAACUGGGCACAAGGAGAUGACUAUGCCGGCCCCAGGUUCAAGGCGGGCAAUUCCGCACAAGAUCAUAGGGGUGUUGGAGGGGGUACUGUUAAUUUAUAGAUGCCUAACUCCUUCAUGUUCAGGCACACCGGAAUCCUGCCUGCGUCGACCUAUUUCGUACAGGGCUUUCGCAAUGAUCACUUGCUGAACAUCCUCGAAGCUUUCUUCCAUCCUUCGUUCCCCUUGGCCCUCAUAUCUUUAUUUUGCCUCUCAAUAGGCUCUUCGCUCUGCUGUCUUGCGUGUCUCCUCAGCGAUCAUGCUUAUCCAUUAUACCUUUGUUAUCAGGCCUCUCAUUGGUUUAUUCUUAAUGUUCA